AUGGGAGGACCUAAUCUGGAGGUGUUCAAGUUCUCAGUCUAUGUCUUCUUUCCGGUUGUGAUGCUCCUGCACUACGGCAACCCUGACUGGUAUGCGAAGAAUGUGCUUCCGGUACGUACCACUACGUCGUUAUGCCUCCAGCGCGUUUAUGCAUGCGUUUCCGCAGUACAAAGAGAAGAUAUUUCCUCCUGA